AUGCUUUCUUCGCUCUCAAAAGAGCCGUUCUACCCCAGCGCAAGAUCAGCCCAGCCCACAAACGACAGAGAUGAUAUUAAGACGGUUCGCCAUAAGGCAAGCCAAAUUCCUACCGAUACCAUCCCUGUGGCUGAGUUAGAGGCAACUGAAUCUGUACAGGCCAAAAGUGUCAACCCGGAAGAGACUGUUUCAUCGGCAUUGGCUCAGCACAGAGCCAGUGUAGUAACUAAAAAUAAAUUCAACCGACUCGGGUCUGAUAUUAGAAACAAUUACCGGCCUGAAGAUCUAAUCUCCAACCCUCCCAGAGCUUCUGAUGUCACUCUCGAACUCCUUCUCGCCUCCCAGGCCCAUAUAGGACAUUCAACUUCUCUCUGGAACCCCGGAAACUCGGGUUAUAUACAUGGUAUUCGAGAGGGAGUUCACAUUAUUUCUCUUGACGUAACUGCAGCUCAUUUACGGCGAGCAGCCAAAAUUGUCGAGGAAGUUGCUCGAGUCGGAGGUUUAAUUCUAUUCGUUGGCACGAGAAAGGGUCAGAAACGAGCAGUUGUGCGUGCUGCUGAACUAGCGCAGGGUUGCCAUGUCUUUGAUCGCUGGGUUCCAGGAUCCCUCACCAACGCUAUGCAGCUCCUGGGUAAAUGCGAGGUUAAACUCGUUGAUGCCCUUGAUAGAACUGUGGAUUAUCCCGGGUUUCAGAGUGUUGAUAUCGAAAGAUGCCCAUUGAGACCGGAUUUGGUGGUUUGUUUCAACCCCCUUGAAAAUAAGCCUUUGCUCCAGGAAUGUGCUACCAUGAAUAUUCCCACCAUCGGAGUUAUCGAUACCGACGCAGAUCCCACCCGAGUCACCUAUCCUAUACCCGCAAAUGAUGACAGUCCCAGAUGCAUAAGUGUUAUUGCAGGUGUCCUAGGAAGGGCUGGAGAAAGAGGGCAGCAAGUGCGGUUGAAACAGUCAGCUACUGGAGAUUUACCUUAUACACCUAUCAGACUUGGUAUCUCAGAAAACAAGGAGUCUUAG